AGGGGUCGCUGAUGUUCUUCUGCAAACAUGGCUGCCCAGGAUGAACUCAAUCAACUGGAACGUGUGUUCCUUCGCCUGGGCCAUGCAGAGACUGACGAGCAGCUGCAGGACAUCAUCUCCAAGUUUCUGCCCCCUGUUCUUCUGAAGCUCUCCAGUGUGCAGGAGGGUGUGAGAAAGAAGGUGAUGGAGUUGUUGGUCCACCUGAACAAGAGGAUAAAAAGCAGACCAAAGAUUCAGCUGCCAGUAGAAACUUUGUUGGUGCAAUACCAGGACCCUGCAGCCGCUUCCUUUGUUACAAAUUUUACAAUCAUCUACAUUAAAAUGGGCUACCCUCGUCUUGAGGUGGGAAAACAGUGUGAGCUGGCCCCAACCCUCCUCACCGCCAUGGAAGGGAAGCCACAGCCUCAGCAGGACAGCCUCAUGCACCUGCUGAUCCCGACUCUUUACCACAUGAAGUAUCCUGCACACCCGUCCAAGGGUGCUUCUCCAUUCAACUUAUCUGAGAGGCCAAAGACGAUACACCUUCUCCUUGAGUUCAUGUUGGAUGUUUUGCUCAUGCCUUAUGGGUUUGUGCUGAAUGAAUCUCCCACUCGGCCUGCACCCUCUUCCUCCCAGGGAGGUUCAGCUGAUGGGACGGUGGCUGGGAGCAGUCAGGGUCUCCCCCAGCCUCCCCCAGGGAUGAGCGUGUACGCUGUAAAGAGGGUGAUAGGAGAAGCCCAGUGGAAUGCGGAGCAGCUCGAGCAGUGCAAGCUGGGCAUAGUGAGGUUCAUUGAGGCAAAGCAGGUCCCAGAGUUGGAGACGGUGGUGCAUCUGGUGGUGGCGUCGAGCGACACGAGGCACAGCGUGGCCACUGCUGCUGACCUGGAGCUGAAGAGCAAACAGAGCACCAUUGACUGGAACAAUCCUCUAAUCAUCAACAAGAUGUUCCGGGUGUAUCUGGGAGAUGUUCCUCUUAAAUCAAAGGGUGGCAGUAUAAAGCAGGAGCUGAAGCAUGAGCCAGUGAGCACAAGAGUCAAACUGAAGAUCCUGCCACAUCUUCUCCGGUCCCGUCUGGCUGCAGAGUGCUUUCCAGCUAAUAUCCAGGUUGUGUACGAUGGCUUGUUUGGAGCCAACACCAACAACAAGCUGCUGUCUCUCACGCUGCAGUUCGUCCAUCACAUCUGCAUGGUAUGCCCUGACACGAACAAGCCGUUAGGAUUAAUGCUGCUUAAUGGUCUUACCAAGCUCAUCAAUGAGUACAAGGAGGAUCCUAAGUUGCUGUGUGUUGCUUACGCUGCUGUUGGGAAGCUGUCGAGUCGCAUGCCACAGCUUUUCACUAAGGAUAUCGCACUAGUGCAGCAGUUCUUUGAGUCCAUGUGCAAGGAGGAGCCAGAUGUACGUCUUGCAAUUCAGGAAGCGUUAUCAAUGAUGGUUGCAGCGUAUGCUAACCUUCAAGGAGCUCUGCUGAACCUGAUGGAAGCUCUGGUGGCUGCGUACAUUGUAAAGCCGGAGGUUCAAGUCCGACAAGUGGCCAUGAAGUUUGCCAGCACGGUGUUUGCUCCAGAUCACGUGCCUUCAAGGUAUCUGCUGCUGCUGGCUGCUGGAGACCCAAGAGAAGAGGUAGCUUCAGAAGCUCAAAAGGUGCUGAGAGCUUUUCCUAAAAAAAACUCGGAAAAGGAAGGACCAAAGCCGAUGCCUUCUUUUCCAGACAUGGUCGCCUACAUCCAAGAGAAAGCAGCUCAGAGGAUUAAGACUCCAGCUAAAUACAUCGUUGGAACCGCAGCUAUUCCUUUUAACCCCUCUGCUUUUGGAGAGAUCAUGCUCUAUCUGAGGAUGUGUUUAGCCCACAGUGCCGGGGCCACGCCCAUGUCCACACGCCUGUCGGACAUGCAGGAUGACGCUCCUGCCAUCGGUCGCUACGUGCACACUCUGCUGUCAACUGAGCCUCAGCCCUCAGGGUCCAAGGGCUGCGAGGCCAACCCUGUACACAUCUACAUGGAUCUUCUGCAGCAGCUGCUGUCUGCAGUGGGAGGGAUCCCAGUCAUGUACUGUUUACUGGAGGUGGUGUCUGUGUUUCCAGAAAAACUGGCCCCCAGGUUUGCUGAUAAAAUAGACUGGAUUAAAAGUUUGAUGAACACAAAUAAGGAGGACAUGCGUGAACUUGCAGCUCAGCUGUACGCUGUGGUGGUUUCUACCAUGACUGGCAACGAACUGCAGGCCGCAGUGCAGAAUCUCAUCAAAAUCACUAAAGACAACCACAGUCCUGAGACUCAGCACGGCGCCAUCUUGGCUCUCGGCUACAUGGUGGGAAGGAGCAUGAGCAGAAAGAAUGCCGUCACCUCUCUUGACUUGACGCAAAGCAAAGGGCAAGAAAUGAGCAUCACCUCCCAGGAUGAUGAUGAUGAUCUUGUUGCUAUGGCUACAAGAACAAUUGGUUCCUUCCUGAAUAACAGCAGUGCGAUGUUGGCCGUCGCAGCCUGCACGGCUCUGGGAGAAAUUGGGCGUAAUGGGAUCCUGCUGAUCCCUGCAGAGGGAGAGGGCUUCACUAAACUGUUUAUUGUAGAAAACCUACUGGCUCGGAUCACUUCAGGGAAGGAGAGCACAAAGAUGAAGGAAAGAUCCAUCAUGACCUUGGGUUAUCUGCCUGUGGGAGAUGCAGACUUCUCACACCAGAAGAAGCUGCUGCAGGGACUCAUGGACUCUGUGGAGGCCAAGCAGGUGGAGCUGCAGUUCACAGUCGGAGAGGCCAUCACCAAUGCAGCCAUAGGAACCAGCUCUGGAGCUGCCAGAGACCCGUGGACCUGCACUGAGGACCAGUACAGCCCGCCACACGAUGUUAAAAACAAGGAUGUGGUUCCUUGGGUUCUCAGCUCGAUCUUGUCCAAGUAUAUUCCCAGCCAGAACCCUCAUGUGAGGCAGGCGGCCUGCAUCUGGCUGCUGUCUCUCGUCAAGAAGCUGAGUCAGCACAAAGAAAUCACCUCUCAUUUGAAGGAAAUUCAGAAUGCGUUCAUCUCUAUUCUGUCAGACCCUGAUGAGUUGAGUCAGGACGCAGCGUCUAAAGGCCUCGGGCUCGUUUAUGAGAUGGGAGGCAAAGGAGAUCAACAGGAACUGGUGUCAACUCUAGUGGAAACUCUCAUGACUGGUAAAAGGGUGCGCCAUGCGGUCUCAGAGGAUACAGAAGUGUUCCAAGGGGAGGGUUUGGGAAAAACACCUGAUGGUCACGGCCUGUCCACGUACAAGGAGCUGUGCUCGUUGGCCAGCGACUUGAACCAACCAGAUCUCGUGUACAAAUUCAUGAACCUGGCCAACCACCACGCCAUGUGGAACUCACGCAAGGGAGCAGCUUUUGGGUUCCACAUGAUCGCAGCCAAGGCCGGAGAGCAGCUGGCUCCGUUCCUGCCUCAGAUAGUGCCUCGUCUGUACCGCUAUCAGUUUGACCCCAACCUGAGCGUCCGCCAGGCCAUGACUAGCAUCUGGGAUGCCUUGGUCACUGAUAAGACCCUGGUGGACAAGUACUUGAAGGAGAUCCUGCAGGACGUCAUUUCCAACUUAACCAAUAACGCCUGGAGAGUGCGAGAGUCAAGCUGCCUGGCACUUAAUGACUUGAUUCGUGGUCGUCAGGCUGAUGACCUCAUUGAUCAUUUGACAGAAAUGUGGGAAACCCUCUUCAGAGUCCUCGAUGACAUCAAGGAAUCUGUAAGAAAGGCUGCAGACGUAACCCUAAAAACACUCAGUAAGGUGUGCAUUCGUAUGUGUGAGUCUACAGGCGCUGCAGUCCACAGAACUGUGGCAGUGUUGUUGCCCACCCUGCUAGAGAAAGGCAUCGUCAGCAGUGUCUCCGAGGUUCGCUCGCUCAGCAUCCAGACCCUGGUCAAGAUUAGUAAGUCGGCUGGAGCCAGACUGAAGCCUCACGCGUCCCGGUUGAUCCCAGCCCUGCUGGAAGCUCUCUCCACCCUGGAGCCUCAGGUCCUCAACUACCUCAGUCUCAGAGCCACCGAGCAGGAAAAGAGUGCCAUGGAUGCUGCGAGGCUGAGUGCUGCCAAAUCAUCUCCAAUGAUGGAGACCGUCAACAUGUGUCUGCAGCACCUUGAUGUUUCUGUGCUGGGGGAGCUCGUCCCCAGGCUCUGUGAACUGCUCAAGAGUGGAGUAGGCCUGGGCACUAAGGGAGGCUGUGCGAGUGUAAUAGUUUCCCUCACAGUUCAGUGUCCCCAGGACUUGACCCCAUACUCAGGUAAACUGAUGAGUGCCCUGCUGAAUGGCAUCCAUGACAGAAGCUCUGUUGUCCAGAAAGCUUUUGCCUUUGCCUUGGGACAUCUAGUCAGGACAGCAAAGGACAGCAGCGUAGAAAAACUACUACUGAAGCUCAGCAACUGGUACUUGGAGAAAGAAGAACCUGUUUACAAGUCGUCGUGUGUGUUGACGGUUCACGCCAUCAGUCACUACAGUCCAGAUGUGCUGAAGGCUCACGCAGGUGUGGCCCUGCCACUGGCCUUCCUGGGCAUGCAUCAGGCCCCCGGUCCUGAAGAGGAGAAAGGAGAGAGUCAUGAUGCCACGCUGUGGGCUGAGGUGUGGCAGGAGAACGUUCCAGGAAGCUUUGGAGGUAUCAGACUCUACAUGACGGAGCUGAUCGCCAUCACACAAAAAGCACUGCAGUCUCAGUCCUGGAAGAUGAAGGCUCAGGGCGCAGCUGCCAUGGCAACUGUUGCUAAGGAGCAGACGGGCUCGUUGGUGGCACCACACCUUGGUUUGGUGCUGACGGCUUUAAUGCAGGGGCUGUCCGGACGAACGUGGGCCGGCAAGGAGGAGCUGUUGAAAGCCAUCGGUUCAGUGGUGUCCAAAUGCUGUGCUGAGCUGCAGAAGCCAUGCAGCGGCCAGCCUACGAUCCCAGAGGUGGCGGAGGUCGUGUUGAAAGAGUGCCGAAAGGAGAAUCUGGUGUACAAAACAGCUGCUCUGCGCUGUGCUGGAGACGUGCUCCACAGCUGCCAGGAGGACCGCUUCACUGAUAUGGCUGAGAUCCUCUUCCCUCUUAUCAAGAAGAGCUGUCCACAGAGUGGCGGGACAUCUCUCAGGUCUGUGGACGACCACGACAAUGAUCCUGAUGAUAAAGAUGUGAAAGAGAAAGAGCUGCAGACUGAAGCUCUGCUUUGUGCUUUUGAGACACUUGGAAAGGCCUGGCCCAGAAACUCACAGACUCAAGCACGUUUCCAGGUGGAGGUGUGCGCUCUAAUGUCUGGGAAACUCAAACUGAGCACUUGGAAGGUUCAGCUUGCAGUUCUACAGGCCAUGAAGGCAUAUUUCCAGGAUUUAUUGCUGCUGGAGAAAGGAAGUGAAGACCCAGAUGCAUUAUCACAGAUCCUCACAGAGACGUGUGCUGCUCUCACAUGUCCUUUGGAAAACAAAAGUUACUCGUCGGUGCGAACAGAAUCCUUAUCUGUUGUGGAUCUGAUUGUGAAGCGAACAGGAGAGAGCGAGCAGUGGGACUGCAUGUCCAUGAAGAGCCGGGAGCAGCUGCAGCGCUCCCUGUCCACGCUGCAGUCCGACAGCAGGCCCGACCUGAGGGACAAGGCCCAGGAGCUGCGCAGACGCAUCCAAAGCCAACCCUGAGGGGGCGCCGCUCGGAAAGACGGGACAGCAUCCUCAUUGAAACGCCUUUGAUCAGCUACACUCCCUCUUUGUCUUAUAAUAACUAAUAUUCAUAAAUCUGCCAAUCGUUGCAUCAAGUAUUCAUAUCGUCGUGAGCUGUGGUGCAGCCUUGCACAUGACGCUCGCUCGGGUCGAGCGGAGUGAAUAACUGUUAACGACUUAAAUUAAUUUUUGGCUCAUUUCAAUGGACAGUGAGUUGAUGUUGAAUGCUGCGUAAACCGGUGUGUGGGGUUUGUAAUGGCUAAUAGACCCAAAAUGGGGAUUUUUUACUACUGUUGUGGGUUUGCCAACUCGUUAUCAAGACAGCCAGUUGUAGCUGAAGCUGGAAACCUCAGGCCUCUGCAGAUUAGUGGGGAGGCAAAGAAAGCUCGACUGUCAUCACUGGUUUGGUGGUGAGCAGGACAUCAGCCAGUCUGAGGUACAAAAAAACACCUGCUGUUAACUUUAAAGUGAUCCUAGUUGUUUGAAUUUCUCCUUCAUAAAAUAAAUAUUGAUUCGGACAAACGAUUUUUUUAUUUUCUCUCCUCUGC